UGGGACUGCCUCGUGCCUCCAGAUGGACUUCCAGAUCUGUCGCAUCUGGCCAUUCCAUUUGACACCAUCGAGGAGGCAGACAAGUACUUCCAGAAACCCGGGAACAUGAUGAUCUACGUGUCGAGGAAUCCGAAAGACUCUUGGGUAUCGUACUACCAUCUGAGUCGCAGUUUCCAGAAUUUCACAGGAACGAUGGAUGACUUUAUGGAACAACACAUCCAAGAAAUCGGCAUGUGGGGUCCGCAUUGGAAACAUGUUCGGGAACACUUGGAAAUGAGGAAUGAGCCAAAUGUCUGCUUCCUCACUUUCGAAUCCCUGAAAAAGCCGAAGAAGCGUGGUACGCUCAUCGUGUUGAUGACAACGAAUCCCUACCGACAGAACACGAUCGAGGAGAUCAAGAAAAUAGCCCUGUUCCUGGGGAAGGACCUGACUCAGGAACAGGUGAAGGCCGUGAAGGAAGAGGCUUCGAUCGAGCGUAUGAGGGAAAAGGCGCCCGUGACUGGAGAUUACAGGUGGAAAAACCUGCAUAAUGAAGAUUUGACAAAACCUUUCGUACGUGACGGGAAAGUUGGCGGCUGGCGGAAUGAACUCACCCAGGAACAAAUAGAAAAGAUCGACAAAUACAUCAAGGACUACUUCCAAGAUAUCGGACUGUUCGAAACCCACUCAUGA